AUGAAUGAAGAUCAACAACCAUGGCUCAUUGAUGAAUCUUUCCCAUAUUCUCGUCAACAAUUUGUGGCGAUCGGCAAAGUUACCUUAGCAAUAACGGUCGUCUCGAUGGUUGGAUCGCUCACCACCGUUUUAUUUUUUGCGGUAUUCGUAUACCAAAAGAGUCAAAUGGCCGACCGAGUAUCGCUACGUUGUGUUGCAACUGCCAGCUUUGUCAAUUUGGUCGAUGCUAUCACCAACAUGGCCAUGGUGUUAUACCGGGGAGCUAUCAUUCCAUGUCGUGUUCUCGCUAUCCUCGUGCAAUUUACCGAUGUGCUUGGCGCCUGCUUGCUCUCAACGAUUGGUGUAAAUCUUGUAUUGGUGUUUGUUAUCAAAGUCAAGCGAUCCAAUUUUCUCGAGCGCGUUUACUAUCCAUUCUGUGUCAUAUACUCCUUAACUACACUUAUUAUACCCAUUUACGAGGAGAUCGAAGUGAAGAAUGAACAUCCUCCAAGAGUAGGUUGCUGGGUCUAUAACAAUUUUACUCAUCGAAAAGCCCACUUUGAUUCUUGGAUAUACUUUUACUCGCUUGUCUUCUUCAUUAUGAUCGUUGGCCUUGUAUGCGCUGUCAUAGCCACUAUCAAGCUAUUACGCGAAGAAUACCAAAACCACAAGAUUAUACAUGGUGGCUCUCUAGCGGACACGUCGAACAAUGGCCUAAGAUUCUCACAAAGCAAUGCUUAUCGUGUCAUCACACGUUGCAUAAUUUACUCUUCUGUGCCCUUCUUUUGCCACAUUUUCGGUUUUAGCCUUCAUCUUGCAGGCUUAUCUUCACGCUCAAUUCCAAUAGGAUUCACUGCUGUUUAUGCAGCAAUGUCGGUUGCAGAAGGCACAAUGACGACAUUGGUGUUCUUUAGUGAGCCAGCUGUAUGUGAAUACAUCCGUGAGAUUUCCCGUACAUGGCAUCAAAAGUAUGUUGAAGAAUUUCGGAUCGUUGAACGACCCGAUCGACGUCGAUCCAGCGCCACCAUUGCUAGUACUGGAUCAUGCCAAACCCUACCAAAGCUGCGAGAGUAUUAUGAAAAGGCAUCUUUACCGAGAAUGCAAGCACGUUCGCCACGGGCUUGCUAUGAGAUACCUGCAAUGUCAAGUUCGAUAGCAAACCAGCAGCAAGAUUUGGGUGAUCCUAGUCUUUUACAAGUACCAGCAACACCAGACGCUGAUUCAUUAUCGCUUACUAGCACCACCACAACGACAACGAGCAGCAAGAUUUCAUCCGCUGAUUCAAAUACCCGUAGCGUUCCAAUGCGGCGUGUCAAACCACAUUCGCCUGUCUACAAUCGCAUUCAUAGGAAAUCGCUCGUUCAACGCUCUUGUCCGUCGAUUUUGCAAUCAUCCGAAGAGGAUGGGAAAGAAAAUGAAGAACCUGAUUAUUACAUUGUUGAAACCCCAGAUACGUCGGACAAUGAGGUGUAUAUCCCAUACCGAUUUCCUCGUUUAGCUAGAAUAGUCAAUUGGAUUCUCAUUCAUUUCGCAAACGACAAUCAAUGUGAUCCCCAACACAAUAAUGAUGCUGAUAAUGCCCCACCCCCUAACUCGAUUAUCAUUGAUUCUACUCCCUCAAGCAUUCAAUAG